AUGGAGGACGUCGAGUUUACCAAGUCGCAUUCGCGAUCGCCGCUACCUGAAGCUGGCAACGACCCAGCCGACCCCUUACGCCCUGAGAUCGACGAGGAGAAUUCCACCCCAAACCCUCCAAUCGGAGACCCAGACCAAGAUAUGGAGGUGACGGAAGACCGACCCGGAGAGAUGCCUGACCAGGACGAUGUCGAAGCUGGCCUGUCGGACAACGAGUCGGUUCUUUCAGAGGCGCUUAACGAUGACCAGAUGGACGAGCAAUUUGGCGACUUUGACAUCGACAAUGUUGCCAUCGAUGAGCGCCCGGCUCAGAUCAUUGAUGAGGACAACGUCAAGCAGAUUGGUGUGCACAAGCGCAAGCGCACCGCAGGUGAAGGCGAGGAGCCCAAGAAGAAGAAAAAGAGGGCAGACAAGCCACGUAGGAAGAAGAACAAGGACGGUGAAGAAGAUGGUGAUAUUGCAGAGGGUGAGAGGCGGAGCAAGCGAUCCAAGAAAGCAGGCAGAGUACGGGACGCAAGCCCAGAAGGAGACCCAGACGAGCAUCUCACCCCAGAAGAACGCAGGAAAAAAGCGCUGAACGCCCAGAUUGACAGCAUCGUCAAGGGUAGCUCGAACCGCCGUCGCAAGAAGGAUGGAAUCGACCUUGAACAAAUGGCCGACCAAGAAAUUGAGGAGAUGCGACGUCGCAUGGCACAAGCCGCCGAGGCCGACAACGAGGGCAGAAAGCGCAACGAGCCAGCGCGACACAAGCUCAAACUUUUGCCAGAAGUCACAGCUUUGCUGAAUAAGAACAACCUGAGAGACACCAUCGUGGACCCUGAAGUAAACUUACUUGAGUCGGUGCGCUUUUUUCUGGAGCCCCUGAGCGAUGGCAGUCUUCCCGCAUACGAUAUCCAAAAAGAGCUCUUCGCUUCAUUGGCGAAACUACCCGUCAACAAGGACACACUUGUCGCAUCUGGUAUCGGCAAGGUUAUCAUGUUCUACAUCAAAAGCAAGAGGCCCGAGUUGUCCAUUAAGCGACAGGCUGAGCGGCUCUUCACCGACUGGACCCGCCCCAUCCUUAGGCGAACGGACGACUACCGCAAGAAGGAAUUUGCCCAGGCCGACUACGACCCAAGUCAAAUCAACAAUGGCGACAGGACCGUCAACAGCCAACAAGCCGCCAUUGCCGCCAGCCGGAAGAAGGCCCUCGAGGCCCCUCGUGCUUUCCAGCGUGCUCGCAUGGAGUCUGGCCCAACCACCUACACCAUUGCACCCAAGAGCAAUGUUGUGUUCAACGAGAAUGCCCGAAGCCGUUCGACCAAUGUGGAUAUCAUGAAGCAGAUCAAGGGAGGUCGCGGUGGUGGCAGGCGCUGA